AUGGAGGUGGAAAGAGAGAAGAAGAAGGUGGAAAGAGAAAAGAUGAAUGAAGCGAAACACGCAAUAGAACUAUGGAUGUUCAAACACAGAUUUCCUGAUCAAAUGAAAGAAGAUAUUAGGCAGAACGUAAUAAACAGUUUGGAAAGGAAACAAGAUGUUAAUGUGAAUAACCUGUUUCAUCAUCUUCCUGAAGAACUAAGAAAUAAGGCUAAACGCUUCCUCUACUUAGAUUUACUUAAAAAAUUGCCGGUGCUUGAAAAUAUAAAUGAACAACUGUUGCUAAAGAUAUGCGACUCUCUCAAGCCAGUCUACUACAAUGAGAAGAGCUACAUUGUUCGGGAGGGAGACCCAAUUGAUGAGACGGUCUUCAUUACAGAUGGAAUUGCAUGGAGCUAUACAACCAAAAAUGAUGAAGCAAGUGUCUCCUCACUCGCUGAGCGGCUUGGAAAAGGCAAUUUCUUUGGAGGAGAACUUCUUGAAUUCGUGUUGAAAAACCCCUCCUUGCCCAAACUCCCGGUUUCUACAAGAACUGUUAAAACCCAUGGACCAAUUGAAGCCUUUACUCUAAUGGCUGAGGAAUUGAAGAAUAUAGUCUGUAUGAACUGGAUGUGCGUUGGCGAAGGGCAAUCGGAACCUUUCGCAGCUAAUGUGGUACAAGCAGCCUGGCGCCGCUAUCAUGAAAGUAAAAAAUCUUGAAAAGUUCUCCCAGGGCGGCAGAUAAUUGCUCGUGCAAGAUUUCCAUGUAAGGUUGACUAGGAAAAAUAAAUAUCUCCUAAAUUCGAG